CACACUAAGAAUGAAGCAAAGAUUCAUGCAUCUUUCAAUUCUUCAUUUUCAAUAGAUUUAGUAUGAAAAUGAAAAAAGUAUAUCUAUGAUUUCUUUUUCACUAAAAAAUUGUAUAUAUAUACACAUACCUUUCUCAAUGGGGCUUGAGAUAAAUUGUUAUUACAUCUUGAAGACAUCAUUAAUAUAUCAAUAGCAAUUUCCAUCAUGCAACAUCUAACUUUUUUCAUUCUUACCAUUAUCUUUUGUCUAAUGGGUAUCACACCUUUUGUACCAGGCACUGAAGCAUACGAGGUUCUAAUCUUGCCACUCUUCGGAAAUAACUAUGAUAUUUGUAGUCUUUGGAUGGAAGAUUUGAAUCAACAUUUCAUAACCCUUAUACCUAAUGGUCUAAAUGAUCCUAAUGGAUAUAUUAAUUUCUAUUGUGGAGGUCAUAUGCCCCAAAAUGGCGAUUCAGGAGUAGUUCCGAAAAAUGACGUUAUAACUUUGCAAACUUUAGAUAGUACUACACCAUAUCGAAUUAAUUUUCGUGCCCGACAAGAUACUUAUUAUUAUUAUACUAUUGAUAAAGAUUAUACAAGUGAUACGUGUAUAGUAUUUUUGGGUUCCGACCACAAUUCUUGGGAAGUUGAAGAAUUAGGUUACGGAGAAUGUAAAUUCCUAAGAGAUGGACCUGGUCAAAAUGCUGAUACAAGUGUUUCAAAAAAAAGUACUGGUAAUACUAUUACUGAUAAUUCUACAAAUGUUAAGGAUAAUAAAAAUAAUAGUUUUGAUAAAGAUAAACAGUAA